CGUCAGGCCCACAGAAAAAGCGAAGCGGAUAGAGCUGAGCGACCCCCUCCCUAGCAGACUGCAGAGAGCCGAAGGCAGCGAGGAGGGAGAAGCAGCCGCGAGGUUGGUAGACCACGCCGCACGCCAACCCGGACCCCGCCGGCCGCGACCAGCAUUUCCCCUCGCCUAGCCGCCGGAGAGUACCUCCAGCCCCUGCUCCGUUGGACCAGGCGCUAGCAGGGCCGGGAUGGCGAGCGGGGCCGUCGCGCCGCCCCCGCCGCCGCUGGCCGGCGGGCGGCGCGGCUUCGGUGGCCGGGGAGUCCUCCUCCGCCGGCGCCUCGCCGCCACGCCGAUGAAAGAUGAACCCGUGGUUUCUACAAACGGUGGAGAAGAGGAAAUGAUUGCCCAUAGUGUUAAUGUUGCCAGAAAAGCAUCCAUCCCUGGGGUUUCAUCAAGCUUAUCCAAUAGGACAGCAGUGACGCCAACACCUUUGCAUCCAGCAGAACCAUCCGAUCUCCGUUUCAAUCGUCUUCGACCCCCGACUGAGAAAAGUGAUUGCAAAUACACAAGAUAUUUUGGUCGUUAUGUUGCUCGGGAGGCUAUAGUGGAUGAGGAAUACUGGAUUGCCGCAUGGUUGAGAGCAGAAGAUCACUAUGAAGAUCAGUCAGGCGAUCGCUAUGUUGAAAGCUUCAAAAGAAAGUUUGCAUCACAGGAAUUUCAUGCUUUAAAGAAACGGUGUAGCAGGCAGGUUGGAGAGAAGUAUACAUGUUUUGUUGCGGUAAAGAAUGAUGACGUUACACGUACUGUGCUGAAUAGUGUUGUUGGUACGGUAGAUCUGUGUGUCAGGCAUCCUCUAUAUGGGGAGACAUAUCCCGCGGAGCCUGGAAACAUGCCAUUUUACUCUAGAAUCUAUCAGCCAGAUCAGCCAAAAUUUGGAUAUUUAACCAACGUUUGUGUUGCUAAGUAUGCACGGCGUCAAGGGAUUGCCAGCAACAUGUUGUUAUUGGCCAUUGAUGCCGCAAGACUCGAUGGUGCUGAAAGUAUUUAUAUUCAUGUACAUAAGGAUAACUUGCCAGCUCGGAGGCUCUAUGAUCAUAUAGGAUUCAAGAUGGUUGACAUGGAUGGCGCUCGCCAGUCAUCAGAUCUGUGCUUACUCUCCUUCAGUUCCAAUCACUAGGCUAGUUAACAGGGGACUUGUUCAAAUAUCCUUUGUGCAGGUGAACGUAUGCCAUCAGUCCUCUUGAUUUAGAAAAAGCAGGACGGUGUCGGUGAAUACAUUUUACUAUCUUGCACAUGAUAAAAACUUGUAAAGUUCAAAAUACUUGGGACCGGUGACUGGAAUGUUGUUGAUGUGUGUGGGGGCUUUUCAUCUGAAUGCUUCAAUAUUUUUUGUUACUGUA